AACACCGCAGGUCCCGGUGGAAGAUGCAGCACUGGUCAGAUGCCUUGCAGAGGCAAGAUUAUUUCUAAAGAGGAGGUUGAAAGAGGAGGAAGGUGAUGCUUUUCAGGUCAUUAAAGUGAAGUGUUUAUCUGUCACGUUGCCUAUGUUCUAUUCAGGGUUCAGGUGGAGGCCUGAACUAAGGCUUAAAGAACCAGGUAGUUGCUCGAUGCAGUUAUCUGCUUGGAGGCCUGCAGUUCUGUUUCUAGUCCAAGGUUCAUCAAAGAUGGGUAUUAGCCACCUGUUUCAGAGCUACGUGGGGUGUUUGGUAAAAAUGAAAAUUCUCAAACUCAGUCCUAGACAUUCUGAUUCUACUGGUGCAUUUUUUAUCAAAUGCCUCCUGUUUAAGAAGCUCCUGAAGGCACUGGAAUGGGGAGGGGGACUGGAGGGGGGAGGGACCUGCAACACUGCAGGAGGAUGAAGGCUUAGCAGCUUCUUUGUCCCAGCCAUGGCAGACAGCUAAUGCACCCUUCAAGUAGGCAAGUCUGAAGCCGUGUCAUUUGGGGACACCGUAGCGGAUGGUGUGCUUGAAGUUUGAAAGUAGGACAGAAUCUUGGUGGGGAAAAUUUAUGUCGUCAACAUUUUUCUUGCAAAUCUCUUCAUGGUGAGUGUAGGAGAAAAUGAGGAUAGAAGAAAAAUAGGUGCAUAAAUUCAGUGAGAUUAGUGGUUUUAAAGUGGGAGCACACUGAAUGUGGAUAAUUUUUCUUGAACAAGAGGUGGUGAGGUGAGAUUCAUGAAGAUGACUAUUGUUUUUCCGAAGAUGAUGACCAGAUGUUCUUUACCUCCAGUGGAGAUGUGUCAGCAGGCUCCAGCAGCAAAUCAGGGCACACGUGAGAAAGAAAUGACCACGGAAAGCUGAGGUCUUCUUUUUCUAGACAGCAGCCAACUUGUGGCCAAAUUCACAACCAAGAAGGCAAGCUCGACCCUGAUUUUGCCAGAAGUUAUCACACCUGAUACACUUCAGAUAAGGAUAAAGACCACAGUCCCUAGACCGGCCCUCAGAGCCAUUUGCACGUCUCAGGUUCACAAGAGCACAGAUGGCACAGAGGCAGGGGCCUUGUCUGGUUUUGCUCGGUGUUGGAUCUCUGGUGGCCGUUCUCAUUCCUUUCCGUAAUCGCCAUGAACAUCUUCCGAUUUUUUUCUUGCAUCUGAUUCCAAUGCUCCAAAAACAGCGGCUCGAAUUUGCCUUUUACGUCAUUGAACAGACUGGCACACAGCCUUUUAACCGAGCAAUGCUCUUCAAUGUGGGCUUCAAAGAGGCCAUGAAAGACAGUGUCUGGGACUGUGUAAUCUUCCACGAUGUGGAUCAUCUGCCUGAAAAUGACCGGAACUAUUACGGAUGUGGAGAAAUGCCACGUCAUUUUGCAGCCAAGCUGGAUAAAUACAUGUAUAUUCUUCCUUAUAAAGAGUUCUUUGGUGGUGUAAGUGGACUGACGGCGGAGCAGUUCAGAAAGAUCAAUGGUUUUCCUAAUGCCUUCUGGGGAUGGGGAGGAGAAGACGAUGACCUUUGGAAUAGGGUUCACUUUGCUGGAUAUAAUGUGACGAGACCAGAGGGGGACCUGGGAAAGUACAAGUCUAUUCCUCAUCACCAUCGAGGUGAAGUCCAGUUCUUAGGACGGUAUAAGUUACUAAGAUACUCAAAAGAGCGCCAGUACAUCGAUGGGUUGAACAAUUUAGUAUAUACGCCAAAAAUACUGGUUGAUAGGUUGUAUACAAAUAUAUCUGUAAACCUCAUGCCAGAGUUAGCUCCAAUCGAAGACUAUUAAAAGAAGUAGCUCUCAUGGCAAGAUAGACCACAGUGCUGGAUUGGAAACUUGGAGUGCACCCUUAAUGGAGGUCUAUGAAUGGAUGUGUCACAGUGCCCUGGGUGGUAAGAAGAAGAGUCUGCAUUCUCAGUGUUUACUUGUGGGAUUGUAUGCAGUCAGUCUUGCAACCCACCCAUCCUCUACCCUGAGACACACCCCAUGGUGAGCACUGCAGAGAUGACAUGCUGUUGCUUAAGUCUGGCGGUCAAGAGAGCUCCCUACAAAGAGAAAAUUUUUAUAUUAAAAUCUAUAAUUUAAUUCAAGAGAAUGCUUUAUUUCCAUUUAAACAUAUUUUGUACAUAUGUGAUGUAAAUUAAUGUGUUCAAAUUGUUGAAGAAUAAGAUGUGUUGCAGUUUUGCAUGUAAUGGGUUAUGCCUUUAUGGGACUUUUAUAAACAUUUUUUAUUUGCAUGGAAUAAAACAAUGUAAAUUUAUGUCACUAAACAAAGGUUAACCUUGUGUGAAUGAAGACUGUCAGUAGUUGACAGCCAACUAAUACAGUACACUGUUAAACUAGUUUUGAGCUUUAGACUUUCAGCUUUUUGUGUGGAAGAAGUCACAGCUUCCUUAGGGUUUUAAAGGGUAAGGAGAAAGGACUUAGCUUUUCUUCCUACCAGGAUUAUCUAUUUUUUUUUCCUUGCUUGCAAUCUCAUCAGAUUUUGCUGAAUCACAACCAUAUUGUUUAUGCAUAUUGCAUGAGUAUUAUUACCAAGAAAAUCUUAAAAGUUGUGAUGUGACAUGAUAUAAAGGACCUCUUUAUGUUAAAUGUCUCUCAUGUACCUCUGGUGUAAGUGUCAGGGAUUUUGUGCCUCAAAAAAUGUUCUCAAGGUUGCGUGUGGUUGUACACUGUAUUUUUUUAAUUCAUAGUGAAUAGCACUUUUAUUAUUUCCAGUUCAGAAGAGCCAAAAAAAACUUCAUUUAAAAAAAGCAAAACAAUUUUUUUAAAAGAUUGAGUUAUGGAAAACCCAGUAGUACUUAAAACAUACAGAUGAAUUAUACUAUUAGAUAAGAAAUUAAAUGUUCUAUUUUUAUGAAGAUAAAUGCUUAGUAGAUAAAAGCAAAUUCUAAGUUUAAUUAUCAAACUCCAUAGAAUUUCAGGUUUGGAAUGGAUCCUUUUUAAUGUCGGCCAGUUUCAUUCAAGGUACAUGUAUUUUUUUUCACUUUCAAGAUAUUACAUCUCUGGUGUUGAUUAAAAUUUCCUCACUAAAAGCAUAAAUUAAUAGAAUUAUAUUAAAAUAUGUUAUGAGUUCUUUAAAUGCAUUGGUGUUAUUAAGACACUUCUCUAAAAACAGGUCUCUCUACCUGACAUCAAGUAUAUUACUUAAUCUUGAAUUUGGAUGGCAUUUUCAUAGCAAAACCAAAUCAUAUCCUUACUUUGAAAACUAUCAGUUAUGGUUAACCAAAGAUUCUUUAAAACAUCUUAAGAUAUUUUCACAAAUUUAAAACAAAAAGUUACAUAUCUAUAAAGUGAAUCUUCAACAACAGUGAGGAACAAUAGAAGUGGAUUAUUCACCUAACACAGAACUCUCUCAGGUGGUAAGUUUAAUUCUGAAGUUGUCAUUUUCUUUGGCAAAUGUUGGUAACAAAUGACCACAAACCAAAUCAUAAGAUGACUGAAAUUCUUAUACUUUGAGAAAACUGAUAGCUCUCUAUUAUGAUGCCAAACAGAAUUGUUCCACGUUUAUUUCUUAGAAAUAUUUCCAAAAUAUUUGUUUUUCAUUUUUUUUGCUGGUACUCAGAAUAAUGAAAAAUCAGCCUUUCCAAAAAGUAAGAUAUUUGUUCUUAAAUUAUGUAUCUGUUCAUUUUGUGUCUUGUGGCCAACGUAGUUUUUUAAUUUGAUGAAAGAAAGUAGAUUGGGAAAGUUAGCAUUUGUUGAUCACUAACAAGAUAGUAGGGGCAUAGGAGCAUAAUUAACCCAACAAUACUUAAAUAUUUUAGUUGUGGGGGAAAUUAGGGCUAUUUCUGAGUCUUAUUAGGAAAACAUAUUUUUCUCUUUAAUAUGGAGCUGCCCACAUUUUGGAAUCUUCUCAUUUUGAUACACAUUUUUAUAGUUUCAAGAAAACGCCAUUCUACUAGUGUUUGUUUUAUUUUCUUGGAUUAAGUCUAGAAAUAAUUUUUGUUUUAGGAGUAGGCCGUGAAUAUACUUGCUUUUUUCAGUUUUGAAUACGGUGUGUCAUCCUGUGAAAGCCAUCUCAUUAGUUCUCUUUUUUCUCUUUUGUUUUUUGUUUUUGUUUUGCUUUUUAAGUGCAGACCUCAAAUUGAUUUUUGCCUAUAAAUAGUAACUUUUAUAUGUUUGCAUAUAAGUGACAGAGCUUUGCCCAGUUAUCUUCAUUGUAUGAAAAUAACCCUAUUCCAUAAAAAUUAACAAAUACAUUGCAAAUGCAGACUAUCUUUAUAGUUUGGUCGAUUGAUUAGUGAACGUGUAUUGAUUACCUAGUCUAUCAGGUGCAAUGCUAGGUAUGUGUACAGAAAAUAUAUUAUUUCAUUUCUAAAUAAAUCAAGUCAAGCAAGUUGAAACCUUUCUAAAAUUAUGAAAACAUCCUCUGAUAACUUAUGUGUUGUAUUUCUUAGUCUCAAAGUCAAGAAACAUAAUGUGGACAUAGUUAUGAGCUCCCUGUGGCACUACUGGGAAAGUUACAUAGUGCCUUUCAACUAGAGAAAGUAGUAAUGAUUAAUGGGCCUGUUUAUAGAAAAGAAAAGGAAAAAGUACACAUUUGCUGUAACAUUAUGUCUCAUUCACAGUUAAGUCUUUGCCAAAACUGGGGUUUAAUGAAUAUAUUUUAAGUCUAAAUAUAAAUUUCUGUUUGUAUUUUGUGAAAAGGUAUUCAGUAAGUAAACCUUAUUUGCAAUAUUACAUUAAUUCAAAAUUGUGUAUUAAAACUUGAUUAUUCUCCUUUCCCAGCAAAGAUAUUGAUAUCCAUUUUAAAACAAAAUGGAAGAAUAUCCAAUACAAUAUUCUCCUUCUUUUGGAGCCUCUGUACAAGUGAAAGCAGAUUUUGUGUCAUUUUAUGUGGCCUUUGCCUAUCUCUGUUAUAUUUCAUUGUAUACUUUUCAGACAAAUACUGGUACUCUAGAGUCCUUAUCUUGUAUUUGCAGAUAUGCCGGUGAGAGGACUAAAAUGGUCAUAGUGUUUACCAGAAAAAGGAAGUGUACUUAAGAGUAUUUUAUUUAUUAAGAUCUGAAAGGCUUCUAUAUAAAUGCACUGAAAUAAAUGCUAGUAAUUUCUUGUACUCUCAUUUUUUUUUUUUUGC